GACCCCGCGGCGGCUUCCCGCGUUCCCACACCCUCCACCGCCCUCCCGCAGGACAGCGGAUGUAUUGCAAACAGGAAGCUCUUUGCAGAUAAGGCUGAGACCCAGCCUGAUUUGCUGGGAAGCCUGACGGCCUGGGCCAUGCUCGCCUGGCCUGUGGGGCUCGGCGGCCUCUGUAAAUAGCGGCUAUGAGGCUCCCGGGCGCAGUGUCCUCGCGGGUCCCCGACGGUCAGGACGCCCCCUUCGUCUGGCGUGCGCUGCAGGAGCCUGUGUCCCCCAAGCGCUCGUGAUGAAGCAGCAUCUGGCUCUGAUCGGCCUGGCCUUCCUGUGGCUGCUUCCAGGGGGACACCCUCAGCAGACAGCAGAGGACGCCUGCUCCCUGCAUAUUCUCGUCCCAGGCCUCAAAGGGGAUGCUGGAGAGAAGGGAGACAAAGGUGCACCCGGACGGCCUGGAAGAGUCGGCCCCACAGGAGAGAAAGGAGACAUGGGUGACAAAGGACAGAAGGGCAGUGUGGGUCGCCAUGGAAAAAUUGGUCCCAUUGGUUCUAAAGGUGAAAAAGGAGAUUCUGGUGACAUGGGACCCCCUGGCCCUAAUGGAGAACCAGGCAUCCCGUGUGAGUGCAGCCAGCUGAGGAAGGCCAUCGGCGAGAUGGACAACCAGGUCACGCAGCUGACGACCGAGCUAAAAUUCAUAAAAAAUGCACUGCCCUCCCCCGCAGCUGUCGCCGGCGUGCGCGAGACGGACACUAAGAUCUACCUGCUGGUGAAGGAGGAGAAGAGGUACGUGGAUGCGCAGCUGUCCUGCCAGGGCCGCGGGGGCACGCUGGGCAUGCCCAAGGACGAGGCCGCCAACGGCCUGAUGGCGGCCUACAUCGCGCAGGCCGGCCUGGCCCGCGUCUUCAUAGGCAUCAACGACCUGGAGAGGGAGGGCACGUUUGUGUACUCAGACCGCUCGCCUAUGCAGACGUUCAACAAGUGGCGCAGCGGCGAGCCUAACAACGCCUACGACGAGGAGGACUGUGUGGAGAUGGUGGCCUCGGGCGGCUGGAACGACGUGGCCUGCCACGUCACCAUGCACUUCCUGUGCGAGUUCGACAAGGAGCACGUGUGAGCGCGGUGGCCGGUGCCCCUCCGCCCCCGCCCCGGGC